AUGGCCAGCAGUCCUCUGCCGGCCCCCACCGACCUGCUCCUGGCCGCCCCGGCCAGCGCCUUCCCGCCGGAGCCGCUGAGCCAGGCGCCGCCCGCCGCCCGCGGGGCGCCCGCCGCCCCCGCGGGCGCCAUGAAGCCUAACCAGGUGGGCCAAGUGAUCCUGUACGGCAUUCCCAUCGUCUCGCUGGUGAUCGAUGGGCAGGAGCGCCUGUGCCUGGCUCAGAUCUCCAACACGCUGCUCAAGAACUUCAGCUACAACGAGAUCCACAACCGUCGGGUGGCGCUGGGCAUCACCUGCGUGCAGUGCACGCCGGUGCAGCUGGAGAUCCUGCGCCGGGCCGGCGCCAUGCCCAUCUCGUCGCGGCGCUGCGGCAUGAUCACCAAGCGCGAGGCCGAGCGGCUCUGCAAGCGCGGGGCCGGGGGCCUCUGCAAGUCCUUCCUGGGCGAGAACCGGCCGCCGAAGCUGCCGGACAACUUCGCCUUCGACGUGUCGCACGAGUGCGCCUGGGGCUGCCGGGGCAGCUUCAUCCCGGCGCGCUACAACAGCUCGCGCGCCAAGUGCAUCAAGUGCGCCUACUGCAGCCUCUACUUCUCGCCCAACAAGUUCAUCUUCCACUCGCACCGCACGCCCGACGCCAAGUACCUGCAGCCCGACGCCGCCAACUUCAACUCCUGGCGCCGCCACCUCAAGCUGACCGACAAGGCCCCGCAGGACGAGCUGGUCUUCGCCUGGGAGGACGUCAAGGCCAUGUUCAACGGCGGCAGCCGCAAGCGCGCGCUCCCCCUUUCUAAAGUGGAAGCUGGACACUUGGAGAACUACAACCACAUGUGGAUUUUGGACCUAUGUUAA